UAGUGGUGACACGCCAUGGGUUGCAGAGCCAGCAGCGAAGCCGCCUUCCCGGAGCGGGGCAGAAAUGACCAGAUAACAUUAACUGAUCUCAAGCUGCACCUGCAGAGCACGGAUUAUGGGAACUUCCUGGCCAACGAAGCCUCCCCGCUCACCGUGUCCGUCAUCGACGACAAGCUGAAGGAGAAGAUGGUGGUGGAGUUCCGCCACAUGAGGAACCACGCGUACGAGCCACUGGCGAGUUUCCUGGACUUCAUCACGUACAGCUACAUGAUCGAUAACGUCAUCCUGCUGAUCACCGGCACGCUGCACCAGCGCUCCAUCGCUGAGCUGGUGCCCAAGUGCCACCCGCUGGGCAGCUUCGAGCAGAUGGAAGCUGUGAACAUCGCGCAGACCCCGGCCGAGCUCUACAACGCCAUCUUGGUGGACACGCCCCUGGCUGCCUUCUUCCAGGAUUGCAUCUCGGAGCAGGACCUGGACGAAAUGAACAUCGAGAUCAUCCGGAACACGCUGUACAAGGCGUAUCUCGAGUCCUUCUACAAGUUCUGCAAGCUCCUGGGAGGCACCACGGCAGACGCCAUGUGUCCCAUCCUGGAGUUCGAAGCGGACAGGAGAGCCUUCAUCAUCACCAUCAACUCCUUUGGCACGGAGCUCUCCAAAGAGGACCGCGCCAAGCUCUUCCCCCACUGUGGGAAGCUCUACCCGGAGGGGCUGGCCCAGCUAGCCAGAGCGGCUUCGUGGCUGUCCGGGCAGCGGAGCUAA